AUGGUCGCGGGUGGUGCGAUUGUCUCCGGGGUUGCGUCCGUGGCGCUGCUGUACACGUUCUUGGAGGCACGGCGCUUGGCCUGGCAAGAGGAGGACUACCCGCAGCGGCGUGGGGCAGCGCUGCACGAGUCCCGAGAGGACCGACGCGUGGCACUUCCACGCCAGGCAGGGGCUGCGCGAGCCGCACGAGCCCCCGCCGAAGCAAGGGCGUUACACUCCUAUAAGUACCUCGUCGAUGUCCCCGCAGAGCAGGAGAAGCAGAGGAAGUCACUCCCCUCGAGAGAAGCGGUUCGGUGCGGCGCCGUGAGAGCUGCGCAGUGUCUGCGUAUCUGUGGUUAG